UCAUAAACUCAUAAACUCUAUACAUCAGGCUCAAUUCCUGCUAGAAAGACUUACUUUUCUAGAGCCUUGCCAAUUUGUCAAUUUCUCGUCAGCAAUUCGCCCAGCACAUCUCUUUUCUUCUCCACGUUCUUGUUUUCAAUCCUUGCAACUUGACUUCACUCGAAGGAAGCAUCAAAAAUUCCAGACCCACCAACCAUUUUCAUCACUAUCCCCGAAAGUCUAUUAACAAGGCUGCAUCAUAUUAGUGAAAAGCAGGGCAAUCCAUUCUACGCCGUAACCUCAGCGUCUGUGGAUUUGGAUUCAUAAGAGGACAUAGCUUCCCUCCUCUUCAGAACGAAGUUGUAUUUUGUUCUUCUCUCACUUCUCUCACUUAUCUUACUUGGAUUCACUUGGAUUUGGCUGUGAGGUUUCGGUGCUGUUGCGAAUAAGCAACUAACUACCCAAGUGGAAAGCGAAUUGAUUCGCACGUUUGGGACUCGGCAUCAUCAUCAUCAUCAUCACCGUCAUCAUCGUCACCAUCAUCUCGUUGUCGCAUAAGCCUUUUAGUUUCAGCUUGUCUCUCCAACAACUUCAUCGUCACAUAUUAAUAUAAUUAGCAAAGUUCCUAUCUUUGCUUUCACAUCAAUAAUAUAAUCAAACACACUACCCCGAAUUUCUGAAAGGAUAAAAGCCUUCUCAAAAUGCUUUUCGGAAUGUUCUUCGCCUUUUGGCGAUUCUGCGAGAUCAUAACUUUGGUAUGCGAAUCUCACAUUUCCAGCCUUUCCUCACACUCUACUAAUACUUUCCGUUUCCAUAGAUCCCAACUUUAGGAAUGCUCGCAUUCUUCGUCAAUAUCUACGCAUCUAAUAAUGCCCUCACGCCAAAUUACAUCCUAGUACUCUUCAUCGUCUCAGUGCUCGCCUGCGCCUGGGCCAUCGCAACGCUCUUCACCUAUCACCGAGCGCGCUCCAACGCCCUCUUCGUCGCAUUCAUCGAUCUCUGUUUCGUCGGCGCCUUUAUUGCAGGCGUCUACGAGCUCCGCUUCAUCACAGAUUACAACUGUUCAUCCCUGACCACCACUCCCGGCUACUACAUCAAUUUUGGUGCAUUCGGCAACGCAAAUGUCAAUGGCGUGAGCGUCAAAGUCGAUAAAACCUGCGCCAUGCUUAAAGCUUGUUUUGCGUUCGGUAUCAUGAAUUGCAUCUUCUUUUUCAUUACGAGCUUGUUGGCUUGUAUGGUGGGUAAGGGUCAUGAGAGACAGGGUCGUAGAGAUGAGAAGGUUUAUGUGCGUGAGACUCAUGUUACUAGACAUGGACAUCGCAGAAGUGGGAGUCAUAGGAGUAAGAGGAGUUCGCAUCGUAGAACUUAUGUUUGAGUUGAGAUGUGAUGUGGAUGUUAAAGUGGGAAUGGAAGGAAUUAAGAGGGUUAGGGAUGGGAAUAGGGUGGAAAGAGUGUUUUUUUGGGGGAGUUGGGGUUGAUACUUUUUUAUAUCUUUUUUACAUGGGUUUAUCUAUCUAUCAAUGAUUUGGAUGAAUGAAUGGCUGGAGGAAUGAGGAAUGAGGAAUGAGAAAUAGAACGAGAAAUGAAAUGAGAAAUGUAUGAGGAAAGGGAGGGAAAGGGAAGGAAUGGAAUGGAAUGGUUUGGUUUGGGAUCAAUGAGAAAUGCUAUGAUACGAUAUGAAACGAUAUAUCAUCAUCAUGAGAUAUUUUCUAAUGAGGACGGGAAUAUGAAAGAAUAGGAUACAAAAGAUAGGAUAAGAAAGGAAAUGAAAUGAUAAAGUAAAUAAAUAAAGAAAUAAAUAUAACAAUAAAUCAA